AUGCCGCCGUGCCGCCGAGGAACUUCGGGCUACCGCGGCGUCCGCAAGCGCCCCUCCGGCGCGUACUACGCCGAGAUCCGGUCCGGUGACGUCCGGCUCGGCCUCGGCACGUUUGAGACAGCGCACGAGGCCGCCCGCGCGUACGACGCGGCGGCGUGGCGCCUAGAGAGGCCUCCGUCGCAGAUGAACUUCCACGACAUCUACACGCGCGAGCAGGCACAGGCCAUCGCCCCUCCUCCUCGUCUUAUCACGGACCUGGAUCGUGCCGAGCACCGUCGGCAGCAGCGUCGCCUCCUCAUCACCGAGCAGGACGAGCGAGCCAUGGCGGAAUGGCGCCGGCGCCACCCGGAGGACGUUGCCAACGAGCGCGCCUUCUGGGCGGAGAGGACGGCAAGGCGCCACGCGGAGCGGGCGGACGGGCGUCGGCGGAAGGCACUAGGCAUAUCGCAGUGCGAUAUCAUUGAAACAGGUGGGAAGUCGAUCUUCACGUCAGACGAUGAACAUUGGGACGACAUAUGGAUCUCUACCUCGGACAACACCACCGAGGGUGAUGAUGAGGAUGACUCGGAGUAG